AUGAGCCUGGAUCAGGGAUAUCGGGGGGGAAGGGGUAAAAGGAGUCAGUGGGUUCGCACCUUCGAUGUGACCGACCCCAUCCUCCAUCGUCGGGGUUACACCGUUUACAAAGUUCUCUCGAGGGUAUUUCCAAGCAUGGCACCUGAGGCAGCAACAGAGAUCAUCACAUGGAAGAGGUAUAGUGACUUCAAGAGGCUUCAUAAGGAGAUGGAAGUACUCCAUAAGGCCUUGCAUCUGAAGGGAAUAUUUCCUCAGUUUCCUAAGAAGAGUGUGUUUGGCAGGAGGAAAGCUGCUCUUGUCCUGCUGGAAUUCAUUGCUCAAUAUCCUCCUCUCUUCACCAGCCAGGGAUUCUCCAAGUUCUUCGAGGAGGGUCAAGAGGUGCGGCCGUACAACGAGGUUGAGACACUCAAGGAUCCCCCUUUGAUUGACGAGUUUGGUCAGACCAACAUCCCAAAGGAACCUGCAGGGAAACAGAGGACUCAGGAGGAGAUUGAAGACCUUCUAGCAUCAGCUGAGCAGGAGACUGUUAAUGAAACAGAACAGGGGACCUCCCAGCUUGGUGGAAUCUGGAAUCACCCAUGCCCUGAUGAUCCUUUGAGCUUGUCUGGAUCAUCAGAUGAUGAUGCCUGUGAGGAACACACAAAUAAUCAAAGUGGUAAUAAUGAACAAAAUCCAGUGAACCCAUCUAAUUUGUUCUCACUUGGACCUUCAUCUCCAGCAAGACUCAAAAACCCUGAAGACUCGGAGUCAAAAGUGAAGUCUGUUCAAUCAGGCCCUGAGGCUGACUUAGACCUUGCCUUCAAAUUCCCUGAGCCACCCACUGAAGAUCCAGAGACUCCAAUCUUGUCUGUCCCAUCUGUGACUGAUCCAACAGAGACCACCAGUGAUUCCUUCUCUCCACUGACUCCAAUUUCUCCAUUCCCUGGUGCCACUGAGUCAUGUGCUGGCCCAGAUGCUCAUUAUUUGUUUGCAGCUGCUCAGACUUUUAGUGCUGCACAGGAUCUUGAGGCCAUAGGGUCCUAUUAUGAUGCUUUCCUAAAGUACAAGGAGGGAAUUGGUACUCUUCUUCAAGGAGUCCAAACUGACAAGAGCUUUGAGAGAAGGGAGGCUGUCCGAAGGAAGACAUCACAUUAUCUGGAGAGAGCAGAAUCUAUCUACAACCAGUAUCUGGCACAAGGUACAGGCCCUUCCUCCAAUGCUCCAGCACGGUCUGAGCAGAUGAAGGCCUCCCCCAUUCGGGCCACGGAGCGCCUCCGGGCCCCUCUCACUGAACUCAAUUCAUACAAAGUCCUGGGUGUCGUAGAUGGAGUACUCCUAGCCUGGGAUAAAACUUCCCAAAAUCAUUGUAUCAUUAAGAUAAUUACAAAAUCUGUGGAUCCAGUUCUAAAAAACAAGCCAACUAUUGUCCCCUAUGAUGUUCCCUUUUUGGUCAACUUGGAAUGCUUCUUUGAAACAGAGUCUGCCAUUUAUCUUGUCUUGCAGUAUGCUCGUGGUGGGAAACUAUGGGACUUUGUUUCCUCAUAUAUCCAUUCCAACAUUAGUACUCCCGUUAGAGUGACAUCAAGAAGUAGAUUAUCUUCAAUCAACAAGGGUUCAAACAUCUAUUCUGGCCUGAGGUUAAAUGAAAGAGACUCUGCAACUGAUCUGGAUACUUCAUCUGUGACACCUACCAAUCCAAAAUCAUCAGACUUUGCCACUGACCCAGACUUGGAGGCCUCCAACGAGUGUCCAGAGAGCUUCCUCCAGUUGUUUGUCAUUGGAAGUGGAGGAUCUUCAGAUACGAGUGAGGAGCAUAUUCCUGCAGCUGUAUCUAAUUCAGCAGUUGAUGCUUUUGAAACCAAAGAAUCCAGUGAGACAUUUGACAGGAGUCUAGUCCGCUCCACUGCUGGGGAUGUGGAGGAUCUCAUUGUCAGUUCUCAGCAGCUUUUAAGUAAUGUUGAACGGGUUUUGGCCAUCCACAAGGAUCAUUCCAAGGAUGUAGAAGAUUGCAAGGAGAAAAAUGGGGAAGUGAUGUCGCUGCUGAAAAGAAGAGGAAAUAACCGUGAAUUGAGGAUAUCUGCUGAGAAGUCAAGUAGGAGUGGAAGGAAGAGGAGUGUGUCCUUUGACAUAGAUACAAAUGAAUUGAGGAGUUGCAUGUCGACACCGAGUCACAUGGCCGUAAGGUGGAGGCCUUCCAGCGGAGAAUCCCAUUUAGAGGAACUCCGUACCCCUCUAGGCCAUUUGCCUGAAUCUUGCAUCCACCAGUGGGCAGCAGAAAUUGUGACUGCAGUCUCCUGUCUUCAUGAUCUGGGCAUUGUUUGCAGUGAUCUGAAUCCCUCCAAUAUUCUGCUGGGUGAAGGGGGUCACAUUCUCCUCACCCAUUUCUCCUCUUGGCCCUGUGUGGAUCGUGUGAUCUCAGUCGAGACCUAUGAGGGAGGCUAUGUGGCCCAAGAGGUCAUGUUAGGUCAUGCCAAGGCUUCUAAGGCUGCUGACUGGUGGAGCAUUGGGGCACUGCUAUAUGAACUUCUGUGUGGCCAGUCCUUGGUAUCGGCUCACCCUGGAGGAGUGCACCAGUACACUACUCUGCGCUUCCCUGAUCAUCUGUCUGAAGAGGCCAAGUCCUUGCUCACACAGUUGUUGAGAGCAGAUCCAGUGGAAAGGCUGAUGGUGGAUGACAUCCGAGCUCAUCCUUUCUUCCAGGACAUCGACUGGUCCUCGAUGAAGUGAAACAGGCACCUGUGGCAUCUGUGAUUCGCAUCAUUCCAUUGUCUGUGACGACAUGACCGAUAUUUCCUUGUGAUCUGACGAAAAGAUGAUGGAUGUUUUAAGAUCCUGAUGUAUGUAUUUCACAAGAUCUUGAACAUUGUUCAAAACGUGAUAGACAAUUCCCAAAGCUCUCUGUACUCUUUUAUCACCAUCUGCCACCUGGGUCUGUGGGUCAGACAUUCAAAACUUGACAAUUGAACUAUUUUCACUUGAAAACAUAUUGAUUUUCAAAACAUAACUUCCAUUUUCUAUGACUAAGGACAUUCCAUUCGGCUCAAUGCUGGUAUAAUAGAGGGGGAUUUUAUUCUUGGACUUAUUUUAUCUGUGCCAAAAGGCAUCAACUGCAGUUUCUUGAGUCAUAACCAGAGUGUAUUCCUAGUUUUAUGAUAGGUGCAUCAAAGGAGUUUAUAUGACUUUGAAUAAAUGCAUUCCUUAUGAAAUGAAA